AGGUACUACAUACCGUAUGCGCUAGUUUAGCGUUAAGUCAUUAGGACUAGAUGCUAGCCCUCGCAUCAUUUAUUUUACUGGCUCUUGCAGGACCACAGUGCUUACUUAUGUGGCUGUAUCCCUCCUUCGACGCUCCUUCGACUCACAUUUAACUGCUAUAUACUCAUCUAUAGCACAGUGCUUAAUUCUGUGACUAUACCCCUCCUUCGAAGCUCGUUCUCUUCGUUUUCGUGUUUACCUUGCCUAUACCCCUUCUUUGACGCUUGUUGCCUUCGCUGGUUUCUUCGUCAAGCGUGUACCUGUGGUGUUUCUACCUAUAGCAUAGUGCUUAAUUCUGUGACUAUACCGCUUGGUGGACCCGCUGCUUGUGCAGCAUUACAUGUUUUCGUUCGUGUACCCUAACUACUUUCCUAGUAGUACUUAUUCAUUCGUCUUUCUUUACUUACUACCUGCUGAUUGUAGUUCUACUAAGCUGCCGUUGUUCUUACCUACCUUGUAACCACUGCUCUCUGUCAUUUGACUCAUGUUCUGCUGUGGUUAUAACUGUUACUGGGUUCUUCCUUAUCACUGUAUCUCUUCCACUUCUUAGUAAAGUCGAGCUCGGGUAGCUACGAUUAGAUGCUCACAACCGUUCAGGGCCAGUCGCUAUGUAUGUGCACA